AUGAAGGUCCCCACGGUUGCCUUUGCUGUCCUUCUCUGCACCACGGCUCUGUACGGCCAGGUCUUCUCUGCACCAUUUGGUGCUGACACCCCGACUGCCUGCUGCUUCUCCUACAUCAACCGGCAGAUUCAACAAAAAUUCAUAGCUGACUAUUUUGAGACCAGCAGCCUGUGCUCCCAGCCAGGUGUCAUCUUCCUAACCAAGAGAGGCCGGCAGAUUUGUGCUGACCCCAAGGAGUCCUGGGUCCAGAAGUAUGUCACUGACCUGGAGCUGAACACUGAGUGA